UUCGUUCUACUUCUCCCUAUUCAUUUACCCUUUCAAGUGCCACUUUUUCUUCCUAAAUCCUCUCUCUCUCUCUCUCCGUUCCCGAGAAAAGCAAGAAAAAAAAAGCUUCAAUCUCAAAUCUUUCAGUAGCUACAAAAGAAAAGGGAUGCUCUUCUUCUGAGAGAGAGAGAGAGAGAGAGAGAGAGAGAGAGUGAGAGAGAUGGGAGGGGUGACGUCAUCAGUAGCGGCGAAGUUCGCGUUUUUCCCGCCGAGCCCGUCGUCUUACAAGCUGGUGUACGAUGAACUGACCGGACUUGUUCUGAUGAGCCCAUUUCCUCACCGUGAAAACGUAGAAAUCCUUAAGCUACCUACACGUAGAGGAACAGAGAUCGUGGCUAUGUACGUUAGACAUCCCAUGGCUACCUCUACUCUGCUUUAUUCCCAUGGCAACGCCGCCGAUCUGGGUCAGAUGUAUGAGCUCUUCAUCGAAUUGAGCAUCCAUCUUAAGGUUAAUCUCAUGGGGUAUGAUUACUCCGGGUAUGGACAAUCUACUGGAAAGCCGAGUGAGCACCAUACAUAUGCUGAUACUGAAGCUGCUUAUAAAUGUCUUGAAGAAACCUAUGGAGCAAAACAGGAAGACAUUAUCCUUUAUGGCCAAUCCGUUGGAAGUGGACCUACGUUAGACCUCGCUGCUCGAUUGCCUCAGUUAAGAGCUGUGGUUCUCCAUAGCCCCAUUCUUUCGGGUCUUAGAGUUAUGUAUCCAGUGAAGAAGACAUACUGGUUUGACAUCUACAAGAAUAUAGACAAAAUCCCACUUGUGAAUUGCCCUGUUCUCAUCGUUCAUGGAACUUGUGAUGAAGUUGUUGACUGUUCCCAUGGAAAACAACUAUGGGAACUCUCUAAAGAGAAAUAUGAGCCGCUUUGGCUCGAAGGUGGUAACCACUGUGAUCUUGAACACUAUCCUGAAUACAUUAAACACCUCAAGAAGUUCAUCACAACCGUGGAGAGAUCUCUCUCCUCAAGGGCAAGCACGGGUCAAUCAGAAAACAACAGCAGCGAUUUGGAAAUGCCGAGGCAGAGCGUAGAUAGAAGAGAGAAGCCGAGGCAAAGCGUCGAUAGAAGGGAGAAAGAGAAACCUCCAAAAGGUCCGUCGAAGAAGAGUAAGCUGAGAAUCACUUUCGAGCAGCACUUGGAUCGGACUAGGAGGAGCGUUGACUACCAUGAAAAGGCAAGGAAGAGCGUUGACCAUCAUCAUCAUCAGAAUCAUCAUCAGAUUGAGAGAGGAAGGAAGAGUGUUGAUAGAUUGGAUAGAGUACGGUCCGAGUAAACCGGUGAAAUCUACCCCCACACGUACGUACAUAAGUUUGUUACAGAACAAGAACAUUUUGAUCUUGAUCUUGAUUUCGAUUCUAAUGUUUUAUGUUAUUUUUGUUUUGAUUGUGAGUUAUAUUUUGUAGUUUAUUUUGGUGUGAAUUGUUCUUGAAUGGUGAAAGCUUCAAUCUUAAGCAAACAAUUGAGAGAAAUUAGGCCU